CAAAUCCCUAGACCCGUAAAUCAGUCACAGGGCGCUUCAACCCGCCAAAGAGGCGGUGGGGUUUUGGAGCAUGGAGCAGACUUUAUGGGGUCACUUACCGCUACUGGUCCGGUCAAAUUCCAAGGACUCGGUGGAGUACAUUCUUCAAACCCUUUGGAGGACCCGAAAGACCGGUCUGGACCGGGCCGAUCGGGACAUAAUCCGAGAUAUGCUCCAGCUUCAAAACGAAUCGGACCUCGACCCGCUUUUGGUGUGUCUUCGGAUUUUGAUUCGGAGAUGCGUGUACGAAAAUGUGACGAGGGAUGAGAUUCAGAAGCUGUUUCCCGAUGAGGUGUUGCCGGAAUUACAGAGGCUGUUGACGCUUUUGCUGCAGAAGUUUCAAAGAGAAUGGCGGGAAGAUGCACUCAAGGACCAGGGUGCUUUGCCGCGGUUGAAGACGAUGACAUGGGACAUGGCGAGUCCGGAGGCAGAAUUUGCUGAGCCUGUUGCUGUUAUCAACUUGAAGCUUCUAAAUGAUUCUCAGUCUCGUGUUAAAGAAACAGAAGUGAAGUUUGAAUUGGCUAAUGAUACUCUAGAAACCAUGCUGAAUUCCAUGUAUUGCAUUAGAGAUCAGUUUUCUAACGUGGGUGAAGCAUCAAAUGAUCAUUUAUCUCAAGAUGCUAAUGCAUUGUAGAUAACCCAUGAGCAGCGGAUAGAAUGCUUGUAACUCUGGAUUAUGUGAUGCUGACUGACCUAUAUGGCUCCUUUCAUGAAGAAAAAUUGAUGCAGCAGCAGUAAGUGGCAAAUAUGUUGCGUGUCCCAGCUUGCAUGGAAUAUUUCUGAUUGAAGGGCUGAAGAUGCCUUUCAUGAAGAAAAAUUGAUGCAGCAGCAGUAAUUGGUCCAGUUGUACUAAAUGAUAUCUUCAGUGCUUAGAUGAUUCAUCACUUUUCGACACAAAUAAUGUUAAUAUAUCCAUGUGUUGUUGCAACUUACAGUUAACAGAGAGAGAGAGAGUUGGUCCCGGAAUCAAUUCUUGCGGCUGGCUAAAGUUUGAUGUAUUAGAAUCUCUGUCAUCUAAAAGGUUGUCAAAAUUGACUAGUUUGAUUGAACUUUCGAAUGCCAUGCCAUUAGGGUGAGAAAUUUUUUUGUUAGGCUUUGUCGGAUGCAAUUCCCUUUUGGUGGAGCUUAACUCUAAGGUGACCUUACCCAGAUAGAAGACCUUUCUCUUUUAUAUGAAACCAGAGAAUCAUUGUUAAAUUUUUGUUCUUAUUGGUGAACAUAUGCAUCUC